CGAAGAGCAAAUUAAUAUCAUUCAUCCACCUUAGAUUUGAUUAUUCUAGAUCUUUGAACUUAGCAAGGUACUCUUGAAAAUGUAGGCUUACAGCAAGAAUACUAGAUGGAUCGUCUAUUGCCUGAUUAGGUAAUUAUAUUGACAUACAUGGACUAUUAUUGGCCAAAGAAUUUGGUGUUGCCCAUAUUUCAAUCAUAUUUCAAUCAUUUGCACCAACUCGGUAUUCGAUCACCAAAUCAACGCCUAAAUAUCAUCCUUACUAGAAACAUGCGAAUGUUUCCUCAAAUCGGAAUAAUAUAAGCGUCCAUUUAAAAUGGUUUCGCCGUCUCCUGCCGUGCAGCUCCUUGAGCUUUGCAUUGGAGCAGCAUCUGAAAUACAAAACGAAUGUAAUGCGAUAUCAACUGGAACGGAUCAGCUUAGGGAUGGUUCUCUAGCGGGUUGUGGUCCUGCUCUAGUUGAUCUGCUGUCGCGACAAGCUUGCCAGAUCAGUACUUACUAUAUAGAGCUGCAACCAACAAAUCCAAAUUCGACCGAGAUCCCACCAGAAAAGCAAAGGCUUGUAUUGAAGAGAUUGGACGACAUAAUCUCUAUUUCUUACUCCAAAUUCUAUGCCUUUCUUUUUAGAGACCUCCCGGUUUGUUGGCGGCAACUUUAUACCGAUGCAAGCAUCCUAAAAUUCUGUUUGAACAUCCUUCGAUUCCCACACAUCUAUGGCCAUACAACAGAGUGCAGUCGAUCUUACCAGAAGAAUUUUGGUGGAAAUGCUUGUGAAUUGAGCGAGCUUUUGGAAACCCUCGAUCUCGCAUUGAUUCUUGCCGGAGCUGCGGGUGAAAAACGGGGUAGGAAAUGGGUCAACGAAGCCCUCGAGUUACUUGGUGCAGUUUGGAAAGAGACCACUAGCACCACAGAUGUAUCGACUUUCAAGCCGCCUAUCAAGAGAAAGAAGUUAGAUCAUAGUCCAGAUUUGGGUUCUUCAAGUGAAAAGCCUGAAAUAGGGGCCGUGUUUUCAACGACUGAGCCAUUCACGCCCCCUAUAAAGCAUCCCAUCAACUGUGUCAAUGCUCUCUCUAUGGAGGAUUUCCAAGCAUAUAUGGAUAAUCCCAUGGACUCGAAAUUAGGGCCUGAGCCACUCAUCAUACGCGGCGCUAUUGACCAUUGGCCAGCUCUAACUACGAACCCCUGGGAUCAACCAUCGUAUCUUCUCUCUCGGACGUUUGAUGGUCAAAGGCUCGUUCCCAUCGAGGUUGGCCGUAGCUAUGUGGAUGAAGGCUGGGGUCAGAAAAUCAUGACUUUUGGUGAGUUCCUGCAUGAGUAUAUCGAUCCAUCCCUGGCUAGAACCCAAGGUAAUUUGGGUGAUGGCAUCGCUCCCGCUUCACCACGAAAUGGCCCAAUAGCAUAUCUAGCUCAACACCCACUUUUUACCCAGCUUCCUAUUCUACGAAACGAUAUACUCGUCCCCGAUUAUUGCUAUACGGCACCUCCGAAGCAUCCUACGGACCCUACUAUUGACCAGCCGGAAUUGGAUGAACCCCUUCUCAAUGCUUGGUUUGGACCUCCUGGUACCAUCACCCCAUUGCACAACGACCCCUAUCAUAAUAUAUUAGCACAAAUUGUGGGACGUAAAUACCUACGCCUUUACUCGCCUUUGAAUACGGGACGUAUGCAAGCGCGAGGAAGAGAAAACGGGGUGGAAAUGGGCAAUACUAGCUUGAUGGAUGUCGGAGUUGUUGAAGGCUGGGAUGUGGGCGCUGGAUAUGAGGAAGGUGGGCCGACUAAUGAGGAUCUUACUUCAUUCAAAGAGAUUCCGUUUUCAGAUUGUAUCCUGGAACCUGGCGACGUUCUCUAUAUCCCGAUUGGGUGGUGGCAUUAUGUCCGCGGGCUAAGUGUAAGCUUCAGCGUGAGCUUCUGGUGGAACUAGGAGUCCGUUAUCCUUUCUCGGCAUAGAAAACAGCUUGAAUGAUUAGGUAUUCAUACUGGUUUAUCUAAUGAUUAUAUGAAAUCUACCCAGCAGUUCUACAAAUAACUUUGAUAAUGCAAUUAGAGAAACAAUACGCCAAAUUAGUCAUCAAAACAUGCG